AUGGCAAACGAACAACAGAUGAAAGCAUGGUUAAACGAACACGGUCCAGAUGGCGGACGAGUCAUUAUUUUCAAAGACGGUUGUCCGUUUAAAGCUGGCCAGUAUAAUUCGAAAGUACAUGUGGAAACACCUUAUGGCUGGAAACCUUUAGAAAUGACGGCUGGAUACAAUAUCUACGUUGGGCCGCAAGGAGAAUGGGAGAAUAAAGGAGACGGUGGGUGGGUUAAUUGGGCAUUCCAGGGUGGAAAGAGAGUCGGUGACAAAAAAGUGAUAUUUUAA